UUCGUCUGAUUCCUCUACUUUCUUUGUUCUUUGAUUCCUUUCAGUCACAUGGUAAGGGUCCACACAGAAAUGAGAUGCUCUCCACUAAGACAAUGCCUCUCAUACCAAGUCAUAUCUUCAGCCAUGUAGGUCCAUCACUUCCCUGAAGACACUUUCUUUCCUGUAUGACCAAUAUAGACCAGUAUUUUAGCUCACCGUAAAAGCAGAAGAGACCUUACCAUCUGACUUUGCUCUGCUGUUUGCGAUCUCUUCCUUCUUUCAUCUCCUUUGAUUUCUGCUAUUUCAUCCCAGAAAAUAUGGCUGAGGUUGUAGGCCUACUUCUCUCCCCCUUCCUCCAAGUAUUCUUUGAGAAAAUUGCUUCUGGCGAGUUUGUUGACUUCUUUCGAAGCCGCAAACUUGACAGUAGACUCUUAAAGAGGCUGGAGAUAGUCUUGUUGUCUGCGAAUGCGGUGCUCGAAUAUGCAGAAGAAAUGCAAUUUACAGAGCAUAUGGUGAAAAAGUGGCUUGAUGAGCUGAAAGAUGCCGUCUAUGAUGCAGAAGAUAUCUUGGACGAGAUUCAUACCGAAGUCUUGCGAUGCAAGUUGGAUGCUGAAUUUCAAACUAUUGCAACUAAGGUACGAAAAACCAUCUCUACUUCUCUUAAUCCUUUUGUCAGGGAGAUAGAACCAAAGAUAAAAUACGUACUCGAGACAUUGGAUGAUCUAGUAAAACAGAAGGAUGCUAUAGGUUUGAAAGAAGGCGUUGGAGGGAAAUCAUCCGGAAGAUCAUCCACUUCUUUGGUUGAAGAAUCUGAUAUUUUUGGUAGGAAUGAUGAUAAGGAGUUAAUAGUUAAUUUGUUGCUAUCAGAUAAUGUGAGUGGCAAUGAGUUGUGUGUGAUUGCUAUUAUUGGCAUGGGGGGACUUGGGAAGACAACCCUUGCUCAACUUGUAUACAACGACCACAGGAUGGAGGGGCAUUUUGAUCAUAAAGCAUGGGUUUGUGUUUCGGAUGAUUUUGAUGUGUUGAAAAUGACGAAAACAAUUUUAGAGAAACUUGGAUUGCCAACUAAAAGUGAGAGUAACAAUCUAGAUUGGCUUCAAGUUACACUACAGCAGAAACUGAUGGGGAAGAAAUUUCUUCUUGUUUUAGAUGAUGUUUGGAAUAAGAAUAUUAAGAAUUAUUCUGAAUGGGAGGCCUUCAGCAAUCCCUUUAAAUCUGGGGCAAAAGGGACCAGGGUGAUUGUAACCACACGGGAGAAACCCGUUGCAUCAAUCAUACGCUCUACAAUUUACGAUCUAAAGACAUUACAAGACGAUGAUUGCUGGUUACUAUUUUCAAAACACGCAUUUUAUUCUGGUAACUCUGAUGCUCAUCCGGAGUUGGAAGUAAUUGGCAGAAAGAUCGUGGAGAGAUGUAAAGGCCUACCUUUAGCAGUCAAAACAACUGGAGCUCUUUUAUGGUCAGAACUGGAUGUUAAGGAGUGGAAUAAGAUAAUGAUGAGCGAAAUAUGGGACUUGCAGAGUGAUAUUAUUCCUGCUCUAAGAUUAAGCUACAAAUAUUUGCCGUUACAUCUAAAGCGUUGCUUUGCUUACUGUUCAAUAUUUCCUAAAGAUUAUGAUUUUGAAAAGGAAGAGUUAAUCUUAUUGUGGAUGGCUGAAGGUUUCUUGCCACAAGGGAAACCUAAAACGAUGGAAGAAAUUGGUGAUGAUUACUUCGCUGAUCUUGUAUCAAGAUCAUUGUUCCAACAAUCAAGUAAAAAUACUCUGAAAUUUGGAAUGCAUGAUCUUGUUAACGACUUAGCAAGAUUUGUUUCUGGACAAUUUACCUUUAGAUUGGAGGAGGGCGGAAAUUCUCUCGAAAUUGGGAACAAGACACGCCAUUUGUCAUUUUUCAUAAGAAGUACUCGUAAGAUUGAAAAGUUUGGGGCGCUUUAUGAGGCCACGGGGUUGCGAACUUUUCUACCAAUAUAUCGUUCUAAUGAAAUCUUAGCUAAAGAACUUGCGCCUGAUUUGCUACCAAUGCUAAGAUGCUUACGAUUUAUUAACCUACGUUCGUCUUUAAAGUUGACCGAAUUGCCUGAUUCAAUUGGUAAAAUGAAACAUAUACGGCAUUUGAAUGUUUCUUGGACUCCAAUUUGAAAGCUACCUGAUUCCAUAUGCAAGUUGUGCAAUUUGCAGACUUUGAAAAUAUUGGCCUGUAAUAAUCUUACUGUAUUGCCAAGAGAUAGUCAUAAACUCAUUAAUUUGCGGCAUCUUGAUUUUAGCUUUACACCCAUAAAGAAGAUGCCAGUACAUUUGGGUAGACUAUGUUGUCUUCGGACAUUGACUAAAUUUAUUGUUAAUGAACAAAGUGGAGCGGGGAUAGGAGAAUUGGGGAAACUGGCAAAUCUUGGGGGGAAAGCUCCUUAUUUCGGAUCUCCAAAAUGUUGUAUCUCCUUUAGGUGCUUUGGUUCCAAGCUUGAAUGACAAAAUGUAUAUGGAGGAAUUGGAGUUAGAAUGGAAAGGCGAAAAUAAUAUUUCAGAAAGUCAAAGGGCUGUAUUGGACAAUCUCCAACCCCGUGUAAAUUUGAAAAGGCUCUCUAUCUACGGCUAUGGUGGUAAAAGAUUUUCAGACUGGAUCGGGAAUCAUUCAUUUUCUAAUAUAGCAACUCUCUAUCUAUUUAAUUGCAAGUAUUGCUCUGUCUUGCCACCACUUGGACAGCUACCUUCUCUGCAGUCCCUUUCUAUUGCUUCCUUUGCCGAAAUUGAUGCUGUGAAUCGAGACUUUUAUGGCAAUUCUUCUUCUUCGACGAAACCAUUUGGAGCCUUGAAAGUUUUGACGUUUAGAGACAUGCCGAAGCUGGAGAAAUGGUCUGCUUUUGGUGCUGAAAAUGAAGGUGGAGCUUUUACUCAUCUUGAAGAGCUUGCGAUUCGUAACUGCCCCAAGUUAACAGGAGAGUUGCCCAUCCAUCCAUCUAGACUUGUGAUAGAAGAAUGUCCGUUGUUGGUGACUUCACUUCCAAGUGCUGCUACUCUACGUCAACUGGAGCUAAGAAAUUGUAAUGAGGCUCUGUUCAAGCAACUGCCAACGGGAUUGCAGAAACUCGCAAUUAGAGAAUUUGAUGCGCUGGAGUCCAUACCGGAGAGAUUGAUGGACUUCAACAGUUGUCUUGAGGAAUUAAAAAUUAGAGGUGGCCACUCGCUUAUAUCUCUGUCCAGUGCUGGUCUACCUUCUACAUUAAAAAUCCUUGAGAUAAGAGAUUGUAGGAAGUUAGAGCUUCCAAUGCACCUGAACUAUUCAUCCCUUGAAACAUUGAAGUCAUUUGAUAGUUUUGAUUCUCUAAAGUCCUUUCCAUUAAACUUAUUCCCAAAUCUGACGUCCAUCGUACUAUCUGGAUGUCUGAAUCUGGAGUCUUUUAAUGUUCCGCAACAACUUGAACUUGAUUUAGUUGCCUUGUCAGAAUUACGCAUACAUGAUUGCCCUAAUUUCGUAUCAUUUCCCAAUGGAGGAUUUCGUGCCCCUAAACUUGUUCAUUUUGUUGUCACCAAUUGUCAGAGUCUGACGUCACUACCUGACAAGAUGCACGUACUCCUUCCGUCUCUUGGGCGGUUGAGUUUAGGGAAUUGUCCAGAAGUUGAGUCAUUCCCUGAAGGAGGCUUGCCUUCCAAACUGAGUUCUAUUGACAUCAUAGACUGUGACAAACUCAUCGCCAAUAGAAGGGGUUGGGGAUUUCAAAAUCUCCCCUCUAUUCGAUACAUUAAUGUCCAAGGCAAUUGUAAAGAUGUGGAGUCCUUUCCGGAGGCGGGGUUGCUUCCUACAAAUUUGGUUUCUCUUGAGAUCGGUAAAUUUCCAAAUAUGAAAUCUUUGGACUAUAAGGCCCUUCGACACCUCACCUCUCUUGAUGACUUGUCAAUCUAUUUCUGCCCUAAAUUGAAGUUUAUGAAAGAAGAAGGGUUGCCUGCCUCCAUUUCUACUCUAUGGAUCAGCCAAUGUGCUUUGUUGGAGAAACAACUGGAAAGCAGAAAAGGAAAAGCACGGAGCAAAAUUGAUCACAUCCCCGACAUUUAUAUUAAUUAAUAAAUUGAUUUGACCAAACUACAAGUCUGGCAAGAGUCCCCAAUUUCAGUUAUAUUAUCUACAGCACAGAUGGACGACGACAAAGCUGCUGCAGGUUUGUUCGGAUGUUAUUCCUUAAUUCCUUAAUACGGUCAGCUUCCAUUGGCAAAAGAUGACGUCAUAUGCUUGGAAUCAAAUUUCUUAUCCCCUUGGGAAUUGUGUCUUAGACUCUUAAGAAGAGUCCUAUCCUCUGUUAUUGAACAAGGACUUGCGCUGUAAAUUCCCCAGAACCUGAACUUGUUGGUAAAACAGAGAGACAAACACAAGUGAUUGAAUGAUACGCCUCAGGGGUGACCGGCUUGACUUGUGAGGUGUUGUGAAUUUCCAUUUAGCACCUUUCUCCUGCAAGCUAAUUUGCUAUAAAGGUAUUGAAUUCCAAUCCUUGUUAUGAUGAUUGAUGGUAAAUGUUGACAAAAUGGCAAGCUGCAUCUCUCCAGCGGUCAUUUCACUGUUCCAGAUCUUGAACUUACUUCAACCAUUAGAAUUUUGGGACGAGAUACUAAAAUUGUUGUCCCAUAUCCAUUCCCGUGCCCAUCUUAUACAAAAAUUUUGUGGCUGUGCAGGUUUUUUUGGUAGCUUCUCUUGUUCUUAUACAACCUUCUUUUUGACCAAACAAUACAUUUGAUUGUUACUUGUUCCAAUCAAGCUUGUGCCAUUUGUACAGGAUCUACCUAUGCAUCCCAUGCCAAGAAACAGGGAUAGUUUCAUUCGACACAGGGAGAUCAGCAAACAAUGAAAGACAAAAGGCUUCCAUCAAGUUGGCUUGGUUAUCGGAAUGAUAACCUUCGGAGUCGUGGAAACAUUAUUAUUGGGAAAUUUGGUGGAGGCCGUGGCUCUUGUCAGCCAGCUAAUGUUUAAGAACCAGCUAGCGCUGCUACUCCCAUCCCAUCUUCUUCAAGCAGCUUGCAUGCUCGUGGGCGUGGCUAGCAAUCUUGCAUCAGCUGCUUGUUUACCAUUCCCAUUAUUCAGUUGACAUUUGUAAUCUCUGAUUAGGAGAGACUAGAUUUCUCUCCCUUUUGCAACCAAUUAAAGGGUAAAGUUUUUUAGUUUUCUUAUAA